AUGGGUUGCAGGGGGAGGUACCAGAAGGCUACGGCAGGGGGAUGUCGUCCUGAAAAAGCAGGCGAUGACGACCGCGACGGAUUGUGGUCAAUUAUCACGCAGGAGGAGGAGGAGAAGGAGUUUGAAACACGGAAGAGGGGCCAUCUGGAGAGAACCAGCAGCUCCGGAAUGUCAAGUGACCUCGCAAACGUGCAGUCUUCAUUUCGUGAAAAACGUGUAGCAACACCAAAAAAAGAGGACAUUCGUACCGGUGUGGAGGCGUGCUCAAUGCUCAAUGGAAUAAUGCAUAAUUUGUUCGACGAGUGCGAGCAGCCGCGUUUCAUUCAUAAAGCAGCAGUAGAAAAGGUCGAAACCGUUUGGUCGACGGUGGUGGAAUCGAACAGCACCAAUACACGAAUGCAGCAGUGCUGGCCACAACAACAACAACAACAACAUCAGCAUCAGCACGACCACCAUCAUCAUCAGCUGCUUCUGCCGUUGUUGCUGCAGUAGUGAGAGUGAAAAUAACAGCAGCUCCCCAAACAGCAGCAGCCAAAUCUUCCCCCCCGAUAUUCGAGUGGAGGAAAAGGGUGGAGAAGAAGAAGAAGGAGAGUCGUUCAAGUGUGUGUGUGUGUAUUGCUAUCUUGUGAGUGUGUGUGAGUAAUGUUUUCGAGCGAAAUCAGCAACGAUUGUACAUUUGAUUGAUAAUCAAAUUAUAAAAUAGUGCAGAAGAAGAAGAAGGGGGAAGAAGAGACCACAAUUAGAAGCUGAACUGAAAAGCUUAGCAGAAGAAAGCAAAAAAAAA